AUGUUCACACGGACAAGGUUAUUCCUAUCAAAAGCGCUUCCUUUAAAGAAUACCCUUAAGGAAUAUCAAAAUGAAGGCAGAUUUCUUUAUAGCGUCUCAGCAGCACGGUACCGUUCAACAUCUCCGAUUAAUACAGUUGUUAUGUUUGUACCACAACAAGAGGCAUGGAUUGUGGAAAGAAUGGGAAAGUUUCAUAGACUCCUGGAACCAGGGUUGAAUCUCUUAUGGCCUAUAGUAGAUAAAAUAAAAUAUGUGCAAAGUCUAAAAGAAAUUGCUAUUGAUGUGCCAAAGCAAAGUGCCAUCACAUCGGAUAAUGUCACAUUAAGCAUUGAUGGUGUCUUAUAUUUGCGUAUUAUGGAUCCUUACCUUGCUUCCUACGGUGUUGAGGAUCCGGAGUUUGCAAUAACACAACUUGCUCAAACUACAAUGAGAUCAGAGUUAGGGAAAAUAUCUCUUGAUAAAGUAUUCAGGGAAAGAGAGUCACUAAAUGUAUCUAUUGUACAUUCUAUAAACAAGGCCAGUGAAGCUUGGGGUAUAGCAUGUCUGAGAUACGAAAUACGUGACAUAAAGUUGCCAACCCGUGUCCAUGAAGCUAUGCAAAUGCAAGUCGAGGCUGAACGUCGCAAGCGAGCUGCGAUUCUUGAAUCUGAAGGAGUGCGUGCAGCUGACAUUAACGUGGCUGAAGGCAAGCGGCAAGCUAGAAUACUUGCAUCAGAGGCGGAAAAGCAAGAACAAAUUAACAAAGCGUCGGGAGAAGCGCAAGCGAUGUUGGCUGUGGCUGAAGCACGGGCUCGCGGACUCAAACUUGUGGCCGCCGCACUCUCAUAUCCGGACAGCAAGCAAGCAGCGUCUCUGUCAAUUGCUGAGCAGUACGUGGACGCGUUCCGUAAACUCGCUCGCACCAAUAACACCCUGAUCCUACCCGCGAAUGCUGGUGAUGUCUCCAACUUAGUGGCCCAGGCAAUGUCAAUAUAUUCAACAGUCUCCGCUCACAAUAGUCAAAGUCAACCUCAUGGUGAGCCAAUAAUCCCGGAAAUAAUGUCGGAAGACCCACUUUUCAAAUUAAAUGCACCCGCUCUGAAUGAAAAGGGAACCACGUUGGCCGGACAACCCAUCCCAGAAGAGAAUGACUUAGCGGAGUACUUUUCCGAUGACGAAGAAAGAGAACAGGCGUUGAAGGCUCAAGAAAAGAAGAAAUGGCAUAAAUUAGAAAAGGAAACAUAG